AUGAAUAAUCAACCAUUCGAAGCCAACGGCCAACGAUCCUCUCAACCCCUCGGCUUCGACGACCUCCUCAAUCCUACACCCCUCCACCAACACCAGCAACAACCACACCAGCACCAACCGUUCCUGGACUAUUCCAUCCCUCAGCAAGGACAACCUUACGGUUUCUACGAGCCACCGCCACAGGCGCCACCAAUCCCGCCCGCAGACCAACUGUUCGCUCACCCUCUCGUCAACUUCAACAAUCACUUUCCGCCUUCUUUCAUUCAGCCUCAACACCCUCCAGCAAAUCCGAUCAACUACCCCAAUUUUCUACCCAACACGGCUCCGACACGCCACUCGCACUCGCAUCACAAUCCCAAUCCCGCUCACCUAUCGGCUCCCAAUCCUAACUCACUGACAAUCCGACUCCCACCCAUGACGCCCUCCCUCCGCCGAUCGACCCGCAACCGGACAGACUCUUUGCACAGCCAAGCCUCGGGCUCGGUUUACCACGACGAGUCUAACAACUCGAUGGAUGUGGACGGAGACGUGCAUGACGAGGAUGCGGAAGGCGAGGAAGACGACGUGGAAGAGUCGAACGCUGUGCCGGUGGAAUAUACGCAUUCGCGGAGUGGACGUAAGAUUGCGAAGAGGUCGUAUGUGGAGAGUGAGGAUGAGGACGAGGCGUUGCCUGGGACUGGUGCUGGAGGUCGUCAUAGUGGGGGAUUAGACGCAGCGGAAGAAGACGGUGGUGGGAUAUUGAACGGUCUAGGGUUGGACGAUGAUGAAGAGGAGGAACAACCGAGGAGGAGAAGGAGGAAGUUACCUUCGGAGUUGAAGCCUCUUAGUAGUGAUGAGGCUGAAGGGUCAGCGAACGGGACUGGAAAUGGGAGACGUUAUUCCACGAGGAGCAGGAGCAAGAAACCGGACCCGGACGACGCACACGAGAAUGGCCGUGCGAGCCGCUCGACCCGUCGUUCGGCACGGAGACAAGAAAAACCCGCCCCUGUCGCGUCCUCCCGCGCCUCUCGUUCACGACGGUCCACACGCGCCAGCGCUGCCGCAAGUGGAGGAGGCGGUGGCGGAAGCGGUGGAGGGAGACCAGGCCUUCGUACACGACGUAGUGCUCGUGAAGAAGACGACGCAGACGGCUAUGUCGAUAAUCCCGAACCAUCCGACAACUCUGCAGAACACUCCUUCGAAGAGGUUCCGUCCUCUGAACCUGAGCCCGAAGAAGUUGAGAUCGAAGUCGAUGCGGACGGCGAUGUGGAUGGUGAAGGUGAAGUCGAGAUCGAGGAGCCUGCGAAUGGGAAACCGUACUCCCUGAGAAGGAGGCAAAAGGUUAACUAUGCAAUCCCGCCGCCACUUGAAGAGGUUGCAUUGCCGGAGUCGAGUGGAAGGGGUGGUGAUGGAGGCGGUGGGCGAAGGAAGGCUGGGGGUGGUUAUGGGAGGAGUGGGACGAAGAAGGGCCCGGGCUGGAGUGCCUCUGGGGCGGAAUUGGGCAGAUUUUUGGGAUUGCCAGGAGAUGAUUCCGAUUCGGACGCGCCUACGAGACGCAAGGGAUUCGGUGCGCCUGCGUUCGCCGGUGCAGGUGGCGUCAAUGCUGGUGGAAGUGCGAUCCUUCCUGGGGAUCUGGCUGCUGCUGCUGGUGCACCAUCGAAUUUCGGCAAAGUUGGGGACGCUGCCCUCGCGGACGCAGAUCCUCUAGGUGUGAACCAGAACGUAACUUUCGACGAGGUUGGCGGCUUGGACAAUCAUAUCAAUGCCCUGAAGGAGAUGACGCUUUUGCCGUUGCUAUAUCCCGAGGUCUUCCAGAGAUUCAAUCUCGUCCCGCCUCGUGGUGUUUUGUUCCAUGGGCCACCUGGUACUGGUAAGACGCUCCUCGCAAGAGCGCUGGCCGCUAGCUGCAGAAGUAAUGGAAAAGGAAUAUCCUUUUUCAUGCGAAAAGGAGCCGAUGUCCUCUCCAAAUGGGUCGGUGAAGCCGAACGCCAACUCCGCCUCCUCUUCGAAGAAGCCCGCAACUGUCAACCCUCCAUCAUCUUCUUCGACGAGAUCGACGGCCUCGCGCCCGUGCGUUCCUCGAAACAAGAUCAGAUCCACGCCUCGCUCGUCUCGACGCUCCUUGCGCUCAUGGACGGCAUGGACGGUCGUGGGCAAGUCGUGGUGAUCGGAGCGACGAAUAGGCCGGAUGCGGUCGAUCCUGCGUUGAGGAGACCGGGAAGGUUUGAUAGGGAGUUUUAUUUCCCGUUACCGGAUCUGGGGGCGAGGAGAAAAAUAUUGGGGAUUAUGACGAAAAAGUGGCAGGGCUGGGAAGAGGGAAGGGAGGAGGAUGUGGAAGGGUUGGCGAAGUUGACGAAGGGGUAUGGGGGUGCCGAUCUGCGGGCGCUGUGCACUGAGGCUGCUCUGAAUGCGGUGCAGAGACGGUACCCGCAGAUUUACAAGUCGAACGAUAGGUUGCUACUUAAACCAGAGACCAUCGGUAUCGAGCUCAGAGACUUCAUGAUCUCAGUCAAGAAAAUUGUUCCGUCGUCCGCACGUUCAUCAUCGUCCGUCGCCGCACCACUGCCAACACAAUUCGUCCCAUUAUUGUCGGAGGCGCUGGACAGAGUCAAGGAGGUCCUCACGAAGGUUAUGCCACUCAGUAAGAAGCGCACAGCGUUGGAAGAAGCAGAGUGGGAGGAUGUGGAAGGCGACGGGACGUUGGCGCGGGAGCUUAUGCUGCAAUCCAUGGAAACGCUCCGUGUCUACCGCCCAAGGAUCGUGCUGCAUGGGCCAUCCGGGAUGGGGCAACAAUACGUGGGGACUGCCACGCUGCACCAUCUUGAGGGUUAUCAUGUUCAAAAUUUGGACCUGGGCACUCUGAUGGGCGAUGCGACCAGGACUGUUGAAGCGGGCAUCGUACAACUCUUCGUUGAGGCCAAGCGACUACAACCAUCGAUCAUUUACAUCCCCUCCCUCGCUGGUUGGUGUGCCGCUGUUCCCGAGACAUCACGCAGUACGGUUCGGGCCAUGCUCGACACACUCUCGCCUACCGACCCCAUCCUUCUCCUCGCCGUAGUCGAUGGCCCAUUCCUCUCCCUCCCUAGAGAUGUUCGUGCGUGGUUCGGCUCCACACGCGAGAACCGCAUCGACUUCCGAUCACCGACUCAAGCACAGCGAGAUGCCUUCUUCCAAGGUCUGCUGGAUGACGUCAAGAGGAAACCGAUUGAGUUCCCAGACGGAGUGAAGAGGAAGAAGAGGGUGCUAGAGGAGUUGCCGAUAGCGCCGCCUUUAGAGCCUAGGAAGCCUACGGUGGCGGAGUUGGCAGUGCAGGAGGAGCAGGAUGCCAGGUUGAUUACGUUGUUGAGGUAUAGGCUUGGUCCCAUUUUGACGGAACUGAAGAGGAAGUUCAAGAGGUUUACGAAGCGAGCAGUUGAGGAGUAUCAGUUUGAUGACGACGAUUUGGUCACACCGCCGCAAGAACCUGCUGCCCCUGCUCCGCCCCCUGUUCCUACCGUCGAGGCCGUCACUACGACAAUCGAGAUCGAGACGGAACCGAACGGAGUCGUUGAACACAUGCACCAAGAUCACACAGAGGUCACCGUUCGUCCCCCUGAGACUGUCGAAUACGAACAGGCUCAGCAGAUGAUCAGCUUGCCGCCGCCACCAGCCCCCGAAUCAGCCCCAGACCCUAGUCUUCCACCACGGCCCAAGUUGUACAAUAUGGAUCUCGAACGCAUGCAUCUUGAGCUGUACAAGAACAGGUACCUCACUCCUCAUGACUUCCUGGACGAUGUCGGAAAGAUGGUGCAUAACGCCGAAGUCAGGAUGUACGAGGACCCGGAGAGGCUCCAUAGGGCUCAGGCGAUGUAUACUGCUACCGAGGUCAGUGUACAGGAGUUCGAGCCUGGGUUCAGGUUGGAGUGUGAGCGGAUGGCAGGGAGGGAGAGACAGAGGAGGCAGGAGAGGAAGGAGCAGAGACGAGAGCAGAAGCGCCAGGAGGAGCAGGCUGCGGCCCGACGGAGUGGGAGCGUGCUUGACGGUGACCACCCCGGUGUGCGGAGAAGUGGGAGGAAUAACGGAAAGGAACCGGAGAUGACGCUUACCGACCCUUUGCUACUCGAGAGGAAGCUCAAGCGCCAGAGGUCUCGUGGAGGCAGUAAUGAUUCGAAAGAAUCAGGGGAAGACAACGUGGAUGGAGGGCGGGGUAACAAGAGGUCAAGGGUCGCGAGCGAAGAUCCUUUGAAUAUCGGUGCCGGGCCGUCGUCGUUGGACCAAGGCGCGAACACUCACAAUUCGAACGUGCACUGGGCGGACGAUGCAUCAGCUCCUGCGCUUCCGCAAAUUAACGACACGUUCGGCGCCACCUUACCCAACGGAGACGUUCUUGCCCUAGAGCCCGAUAAGGCCACGACGCCUCUUGCACAAAUGAGCGGGUUUGACCCAUCAUUAUUGAAUCCUGCCUCCCCCGCACAGCCUCAGAGAUACUUCACUACUCCUCGAGACGGACAAGAACUCCCUCCCAUCCCAUCUUCCUUCGAUAAUACUCCUCAGCCUACACCAUCGCUACAACCUUCGACCAGUUCCAGCCAACCAGCCUUCCCUUUCCAACAACGAGUCGACCAAAACUAUCCCAUGCCAUCCAACUCGGCUACUCCCCAGCCUCAGGCAUCGACUUCCACUGGACCUCCCUCAACCGCAGAACAGCCGGCUGCUUCGCCGUCCCAUCAAAUUGACCCGUCCCUGGGCAUCUCCGAAGUCGAACCACAACUUCCACAUGAAUCCAUGGAGGUUGACCGGGCACCGACACCAUUGCCCGACUUCCAUCUUCCAGAGUAUGAACUCGACAUCCUGCGUCGCGAGCUGAGAGACGAGACCAGCUCGUUAUCGGUGGAGCAGCUGGAGCAGUUGAGGGCCAUGUGUCUCGGCACGGUAUGGCGCAGAAGAUCAGAGUGGGAUAGGGCCGAGAUGGUAAAGGAGUUAAGAGAUGUCGUCAGGGAGUUUGUAGAGGAGGUGAGGAUGGACAUGGAUGAGGAUGGGAUGUGA